AUGGGAAACAAAGAUUUAGAUAAAAAACGACCGAGGAUAAGCAGCUCUGGUACCGAUACGGAAUCCAUCGAAGCAGCCCAAGAUGGCGCCUACAUCAAAAUGACGCUAACAGAAUGUCAAAGUUUCUUAUUAAGACUUACAGCUAUCGAAGACAACACUAAAAUCCGUGAAGAACGAAUUCUUAAUCUGGAGGCUAGACUUGACGCAGCUCAAGUUGAACCUAAAGAAACAACUCCGUGAAGUCAAUAAGACAGUGAACAACACAAAAGAUUUCACAAAAGAGUCAAUGAGUCCAAAGACGAGGAUUGUUUCUCGCUGGUACGUGACGUCUUAACCCGAAAUUUAAACCUGCCACAGGACGAAGUCUCGAAUAUGAAGCUUUGCUGGGCACACCGUCUUGGCAAGCCAAACAGAAACAGAGCCCGACCUCUCAUUGCUCGCUUCACGUGUCGUGCUGACAGAGAUCGCGUCUGGAAGGCUCGUUACAGGCUGAAAAACUCGCGUAUUUCAAUGGGUGAAGACCUACCGAGGCACAUACAAGAAAUCAGAAAAAACGUCCUUAUCACGGCGCUGAAGAAGGUAAAACAAGAAACACCUUGCCACAAAGCUACCGUCGUAGGAGAUAAGUUAGUUGUUAAUGGAAAAGUUUAUUUUCAUUAUGACGUGUCGAAGAAAUGGCUCCCUGUCAACUCUUCAGUGAAUACCCAGGUGGAUUAUGGCAAUAGUACAACCGAAUAACAAGAACCAUUGCAAAGUCAAGAAGAAUCCUCUGNAAGUUAACACAACACAGUGAAUAUUACCGUUUUUGUACGUUUUCCACCAUACUAACAGUUACGAACAUGGGAAACAAAGAUUUAGAUAAAAAACGACCGAGGAUAAGCAGCUCUGGUACCGAUACGGAAUCCAUCGAAGCAGCCCAAGAUGGCGCCUACAUCAAAAUGACGCUAACAGAAUGUCAAAGUUUCUUAUUAAGACUUACAGCUAUCGAAGACAACACUAAAAUCCGUGAAGAACGAAUUCUUAAUCUGGAGGCUAGACUUGACGCAGCUCAAGUUGAACCUAAAGAAACAACUCCGUGAAGUCAAUAAGACAGUGAACAACACAAAAGAUUUCACAAAAGAGUCAAUGAGUCCAAAGACGAGGAUUGUUUCUCGCUGGUACGUGACGUCUUAACCCGAAAUUUAAACCUGCCACAGGACGAAGUCUCGAAUAUGAAGCUUUGCUGGGCACACCGUCUUGGCAAGCCAAACAGAAACAGAGCCCGACCUCUCAUUGCUCGCUUCACGUGUCGUGCUGACAGAGAUCGCGUCUGGAAGGCUCGUUACAGGCUGAAAAACUCGCGUAUUUCAAUGGGUGAAGACCUACCGAGGCACAUACAAGAAAUCAGAAAAAACGUCCUUAUCACGGCGCUGAAGAAGGUAAAACAAGAAACACCUUGCCACAAAGCUACCGUCGUAGGAGAUAAGUUAGUUGUUAAUGGAAAAGUUUAUUUUCAUUAUGACGUGUCGAAGAAAUGGCUCCCU